AUGCCGAAUUAUGACUUGGGAUGCAACAUGGAUGAUGUAAAUAAGAUGAUGGGGCAUAACGAUCUUAUCACGGGAGUUCUCCAGGCCGUAGGUGGCCUCCUCUUUACACAAUAUUUCUGCGGUCUUUCUGACAGAUACGGACGCGGUUCUAUAUCAUUUGUCGGUAUGGUGUUUUGGCUGUUUUUCCAAGCACUCUUGAUUGUAAGCCUGGUUAGUUGGAGUAUGUGGUGGUGUUGGUGCUUUACAAUCGUUGCCGCCAUGUCUGGGGCGGUCAUCGAGGGAACUGCCUUAGCCAUGGUUACUGAAGUUUCUGACAGUAAAACUCUAUCUACAAACCUCACGAACAUCAUCUGCGCCGCUAUCCUAGGCUACCUAACCAGCCUGCUCUUUGCUGAAAAUAGCCAAGAGGACCAUUAUAAGAGUGUAAUGUUCCCGGCCAUCUUAUGCAUUCUAUGCAGCUUGACGCUGCUUCUGUUGUGGGCAUAUGCCAACUCGCGACACAAGCAACAGGCAAGCGAUCAGGACAGGGAGGAGGAAGACAUCGUGGACACCGAAUUUCGAUCGCCCGUGAAAGAAGCCCUAUCCGCUGUCUUCCGUUCGCCUGGAAAAUCUCUGCUAAUCAUUACGGUUACCGCAACUCCACUGGCGUUCGCCUCGAUGGCAUCUCUCAAGCGAUUCAUACCCGCGCGCUUCGACGACAACUCUGGAGCCACCGAUCAUUUGACCAAAGAUUACUUCAUUCCUUGCCUCUCAGCAAUGACAUUGGGAAGCGUGCUAUCCAUCUUCAAUUGCCUCCUGUCACGAAACCCCAACCGAACUCCACAGCGCCGCGACCACAUCAUUCUUCUUACCUCGGCUUUCUCCCUUGGCCUGGGGUCGCUACUCAUCCCACUGCCAUCGAAAGGCUGCGUGAUCGCAGGCAUGGUUUUUGCGGCACUUGGCGUGGGCGUCGUGCCAUACGGCACCGCUCUGCUUUUUUCUUUCGUCGGUUCUCGUAUCCGGGCCAAGUUCGCAGGUCGAGUCGCUGGUGUGAUUUAUACGCUGCAGUGCGCUACUACUUUGAUAGUCCUGCCCAUCAUGAACAUCAUCAGUCGAAGGGACCCCGCCUCCCGUCAUCAAUUUACUGUUCUGAUAGUUGGCUGCGUAGCUAUCGUGUUCGCGGCGGCCCGCGUCAGAGUUUGGCCUGUGGUGCAACAUCGGCGUACACCGGCGCUCGACGGGCUUGAGUUUGAAGAGCUGGAUGGGGAGCUGAUACCUCGGGUGCCUCCCCCUGCAUAUGUAGCACAUGGUAAUCGCCAGGAGUAG